CUGUUUAAGCGCGAAUCAUCGAUGGCAGAUUCCGCAGCUCCAGACUCUGGCACCGCCACCAUCUCGCCGCCCGCCGACACCGCCUCGCCGGCCGCCGCCGCCGCCGCCACCGCCGGCUCCAGUUCUGCCCCAACCGUAGUUACACCAGUGCCCAAACGUGCUUGGGGUGAUGAAGAAGACGAUGACGUGGUUGAUGCUGGAGAUUCAUCCUCUGCGCCUUCCGAUUACAUGGAAUCCCUUAAAAUCCGAGAGGAAAAGACUCUUGAGGAGCCCGAAGACUCCAACAUCACGGCGGUGACAACCGGUGAUACUCCGUAUUCAUCAGCUAGUACUUUUGAAGAUCUGAAUCUGUCUCCGGAGUUAUUGAAGGGUUUAUAUGUUGAGAUGAAAUUCCAAAAGCCAAGUAAAAUUCAAGCUAUAAGUUUGCCUAUGAUCUUGACUCCUCCUUACAAAGAUUUAAUUGCUCAAGCACACAAUGGUUCUGGCAAGACUACUUGUUUUGUACUUGGGAUGUUGAGUCGUGUUGAUCCAAACUUGAAGGUUCCUCAGGCACUUUGCAUCUGUCCUACGAGGGAGUUAGCCAUACAGAAUAUAGAGGUUCUUAAGAAAAUGGGGAAAUACACAGGGAUAACGUCAGAGUGUGCAGUUCCAGUGGAUAGUGCUAACUAUGUAUCUGCAUCAAAGCGAGCACCAGUAACUGCACAAGUUGUCAUUGGAACUCCUGGCACAAUAAAGAGACUGAUGUCAACUCGGAAGCUUGGAGGAAGUUGUGUGAAGAUUCUUGUUUUUGAUGAGGCUGAUCAUAUGCUUGCUGAGGAUGGCUUUAAGGACGAUUCAUUGAGGAUAAUGAAGGAUAUUGAGAAAAGUAGUACUCAUUGCCAGGUGCUACUGUUCUCAGCUACAUUCAAUGAGACUGUUAAAUACUUUGUCUCUAGGGUUGUUAAAGACUACAAUCAACUUUUUGUUAAGAAAGAAGAAUUAUCUUUGGAGGGUGUAAAGCAGUUCAAGGUGAUAUGUCCUGAUGAACUUGCCAAAAUUCGGGUCAUCAAAGACAAAAUUUUUGAACUGGGAGAGAAUAUGGGUCAGACGAUCAUAUUUGUGCGCACAAGAAACAGUGCUGGCAUGUUACAUAAGGCACUAGUUGACUAUGGGUAUGAUGUGACUACUAUUCAAGGGGCGCUGAGACAUGAAGAUAGAGACAAAAUAGUAAAAGAGUUCAGAGAUGGUUUGACCAAAGUGCUUAUUUCAACUGACCUUCUUGCUCGGGGCUUUGACCAGCAGCAGGUUAAUCUGGUUAUCAAUUAUGAUCUUCCUCUGAAGUAUGAAACUCCUUCAGAAUCGAUGAAAUACAGAUCUUCACAGCCUGAGCCUGACAAUGAGGUGUACCUUCAUAGAAUUGGCAGGGCAGGGCGUUUUGGGCGCAAGGGAGCUGUGUUUAACUUGCUCUGUGGCGACAAGGAAAUUAUGCUUAUGGGCAAAAUUCAGAUCCAUUUUGGCUCUCAAGUAACAGAGGUUCGAGACACAGUUGAAGACUUCCAAGCAGCCCUAAAAUCUGCUGGUUUGCUUUGAUGAGUAGAAGCAACUUUGCCAUGGUUGAUCAUCAUUGAAGAAGAACAUGCACCGAGGCGACAAAUUAGGGGGCCCUGCCCCACGGCGUGAUUUAGUUCAUCUGUUCUUCCACAGUGGCUUAGAUUUUAGACUUCGUGUUCAAACUCGGAACAGUUGAAUGCAGGAAAGUGGACCAGAGGGUUGCUUCAUGGUUUCUUUUUGCUUUACAAGAAAUUGAAUUUGGUGAAGAGAUCUAUACAGUGUGUUUGAGUUGUCCAUUUUCGGCAUAUGGUUAGAAUGUUGUAUACUACCAACUUGUUAAGUGUUUUUUUUUUUUUUUUUUUUUGGGAGAAGUUGUCAAGUUAUGUUUGUAUUUUAUUGAAGUCGUUUGGUUGGUGGAAAUUCAAUUACCAUUAUAAGUCCCUCAAAAAAGAGAAAAAAAAGCCAUUAUAAGAAAA